UUAACUAAUCUUUGUCCACUAACCACAGCCAGCCAAAAGAUUCGUGUCUGCCACUUCCAAUAACCUCACAUAAAAGACGUACUUGGCAGUUAUCCUUGUUGUGUUGAUAGGGUCAAAACUGGCCCUUGUUUUCCUUUCUUCCAUCUCCUUUUACUCUAUUUGACCAAGUAACUGGAUUUGCACUCCAAUCCUGUUGAUGUCAAUUAUUCAUUGCCUUCACUAUAUAAAGCCAAACCACCACCCUCUCACUCAACAAAUUCAGCCACCUAAAUAACCAGAAAGCAAAUAUGCCGCUCUCUUGCACGAAAUCCUAUUUUCAGCGCUUCUGUGAUGAUGGGUUCCAAAUGGAAAGCAACGGCUACAGCUUCUCCAGUGACCUAUUGCCAUCUUUGGGAGCAACUAUAAACCAGUCUGCUAAGCUGAGAAAGUUUAUAAUUUCUCCCUAUGACACCCGAUACAGAGCUUGGGAGAUGUUCCUCAUUCUUCUGGUAAUUUAUUCAGCCUGGGUCUGUCCGUUUGAACUAGCGUUUCUGAGAUACCUGCCCACGAAGCUUUUUCUGGCAGAAAACAUUGUCAACAGCUUUUUUGCAGUUGAUAUUGUUCUCACCUUCUUUGUUGCAUAUCUAGAUCGAAAAUCUUAUCUCUUAAUUGAUGAUCCGAAGAGAAUUGCAACCAGGUAUCUAUCCACCGGGUUCAUCUUCGAUGUCUGUUCAACAGCUCCAUUUCAGCCACUCAGCUUCCUUUUCAUGAGUCAUGGGAAUGGCCUUCUUUUCAAAAUACUCAAUAUGCUCCGACUGUGGCGCCUCCGUCGGGUCAGUUCACUGUUUGCGAGGCUUGAGAAGGAUAUCCGGUUCAACUAUUUCUGGACCCGAUGCACAAAGCUUGUCUUAGUUACUCUUUUUGCAGUACACUGUGCUGGAUGCUUCAACUAUUUAAUUGCUGAUAGAUACCACGACGCAAAAAGAACCUGGAUAGGUGCAGUAAUGCCGAAUUUCAGAUCAGAAAGUCUGUGGAUCAGAUAUGUAACAGCAAUUUACUGGUCCAUUACAACACUGACAACGACUGGUUAUGGCGACUUACAUGCUGAGAACACAGGAGAAAUGUUGUUUGAUAUCUUCUACAUGCUGUUUAAUUUAGGACUGACCGCUUACCUCAUUGGAAACAUGACGAACCUUGUUGUUCAUGGAACCAGCCGCACCAGAAACUUUGUUACAGAAAUGCAGGCUGAAUACUUUCCACCCAAGGAAGAUGUAAUACUUCAGAAUGAAACUCCAACAGAUCUUUAUAUAUUAGUAUCAGGAGCAGUGGAGCUAAGAGCAGAUUUUAAUGGAAUAGAACAAGUUCAUGGAAAGGUAUCUUCUGGGGAAAUAUUUGGGGAGAUUGGGGUUCUAUGUUACAGACCACAACCAUUUACCGUUCGUACAAUUGAGCUCUCACAGAUACUGAGGUUAAGUAGCAUUACACUCAUGAACUUGAUUAGAGAAAACAUGGAAGAUGGUAACAUCGUAAUGAACAACCUAUCCCAGAAGCGGAAGACACACGAAAGCUUAUUUGCGGGUGUGCAACAUGAAGAUCCAAGAUUAGUCAAUGAAAGGUUUGAUGGAGGACCAAUCAGAGAAUAUGAGAACUUCUCUACUCAACACCAAGAAAAUCAGGUCCAGAAACAGCCGAUAAUGAAAUCUAUGGACACAGGAAUCAUAUCAUGCAAGGCAGCAGAGAAUAACAAUCUGGACCUGAUUAAAGAGAGUUCGGGGGAUGAUGCAAAUUCAACAGAUGCGGAUGGCCAAACAGCCCUUCAUAGGGCUAUUCAAGACAGCCACUUUGAAAUGGUUAAGUUAUUGGGUGAACAAGAAGCAAAUAUAGAUAUCCCAGAUGCUAGUAGUUGGACACCGAAGGAAUUGGCUGAGAAAGAGAGAGAGAAGGAUAUCUAUCAACUGUUAUUAAAUCACAAAAGGAGGACAAGAUUCACAACAGAAGAUCAUCAAAUUGCAAUCAGAUCAACUAACAGAAGCAGAAACAAUACAAUUCAAGGCAAUUGCGAAAGGAGCCAACAAUUCAUACACUCAAUAUUUCCUGCAUGUUCAACAAGAGGAACCCAUUCAGUUGAUAGCAAUCACAUAAAAAUGAUCAACAAAAGAGUCACCAUUCAUAUGUAUUCUCAAAAUUCACAAAGUUCAAGAGAACAAUUUGGAAAGCUGAUAACCCUACCUGGUACUCUGGACGAGCUCUUCAGAAUCGCUGGUCAGAAGUUCGCUGGUCAUCAUCUUACAAAAGUUAUCAAUCAAGAUUAUGCAGAAAUAGAUGACAUUACAGUAAUCCGAGAUGGGGACCAUCUGUUUUUUCUUGAGAUACAAGAACAAUUCGAGCUCUGCAUAGUGAACUGACAUGGCUAUUCAAGAAAUGUAACAGCAAUACCCAUAUCCAUAGUAUAAGCCCCAUGCAUAAGAAAAAGUCAGAAUAAAAAAUUACAUACUUGCCAACUGAUUUUUGCCAUCACUUCCCAAAGUAAACUAGAUAUAUAAAUUUCAAUAUCUCCAACAAUUAAACUGCAAAUCUAUAUUGUAAUUACAUCAGACUGCUUGGUUCACAAUAAAAGGAGAAAACCCAG